UGCAUAAAGUGAAUUUCAUUACUGGAACAAGUACGACUUUUUCGUUCCGUACCCGUGGACGCAAAAGAUUACGGUUAAUACACAGCUGAUAACGAAAUCGCCAUCAGAAGAUUCAAGCCAGAUCGAAGCAGUGGAGAAGCACACGACUGCGAACUGUGCGGUUCUCUUUCCUUAGACGAGUGUCGACCUGUUCCGAAGAGCCAGCUAGCCAUGCUAUGAUUAAGGGAAUGGCCACAAACGGCGCUAGUCCUCUCGUGAAGCUGAACAACAUUAACGUCUCCCGGCAUCUGCACUCUGCUAACUUUCCUUUCAAAACAGAAUUUCCGCCAACAUUAACGCGCUUAAGUUUAACUGGUUUCUGGUGACGGCCGCACUUGCCGGCUGCACUUUACCAGAGCAUCAAGUACUGUACAUCCUGCAUGAUCCUGGGAAUCUUUUUGCUGAUUGACAGCAACGUGGAAUCGUAUCCGGCAAAAUUACCGCGAAUGUCUUCGCUCAGUUCUGAGCGCAAAAGUCAUGCUACUCUGAAUAGCUCUUGAGUGAAGUACCACACUCAGCGUUUUCGCCAAAAUUUAACAUAAUGUUUUUCAGUUUCUACUCGAAUAUAUAUGCCAGUUCCCUGCUUCCGUGUGCUUAAACACCACUUCGCCUAUUAGAAAAGGUUUGACUGAAGCAAGUACCGGUAACUGAGUUCUUUUGUACCAUCUUGAUAAUUGUGUGACAACAAUAAUUAUGUACUACACUAUCAUGGUCACCAUGUUUAUCUUGAUGCCGGUCAUCACUCGCACGAUGUCGGCCCCAUCCUCAGAGCCGGCUAAUAAUGCAAGGCUGAACCAAGAAAUGCGUGUUGACGGCGUUACCCAUCAUCGUCAAGUUAGAAGCAGGGGUUUCUUUCGCUAUCAAUGUGUCCUUAAAGACGGCAAAAUGUACCUUCGUUACACCGACAAGAACCCGCCGUACGGAAUUGUGAAUCGGGAAUUCAAUGCCAGCACGUUUCCCAACUAUCGCUACGACUGCGGCCCUGAAUCUAAUAAACCUUGGAUAGUUUCCUGACCCAGCAAGACCACAAAAGACGAUACCUACGCUGCACUACCUUGUUGCGUGUGGUAGGAAACCCUGCCCAAUCAGCUGAGAAAUGAUUGGCGAAUGAUAAUAUAUAACUAUGUUUGUAUUAUUGUUUGUAUUAUAUUUCCCCCGUAUGUGGCGUUUUCUACUCAUCAUUCAUUGUUCUUAUGCA